UAAGUUCUUCUAUUUAUGUAUUUCUUUCCCUUCAGCUCUGCUAGCAAUCGGAUAAUUGGUGCUAAAGACCAUGCUUCCAUCCAAAUAAAUGUUGCAGAAGUUGACAAAGCCACAGGCAGAGUGAAUGGCCAGUUCAAAGCAUAUGCCAUUUGUGGAGCAAUCCGUCGGAUGGGGGAGUCUGAUGAUUCAAUUCUGCGACUGGCAAAGAAUGAUGGAAUUGUUUCCAAGAAUUUUUAACUGAAAAAAAAAAUGUCACGACGUGGGAUUUCCUAGAAAAUAAACCAUUGGAAAACGUU